GCGAUUGGCCAGGCGCGAGGCUGGGUACGGAAGCCGGUUGGGUGUUCCUGCGACCGGCGCCAUGGAGCUGAGCGAGAUGCUGUACAACAAGUCCGAGUACAUCGAGACGGCCUCCGGGAACAAGGUGAGCCGGCAGUCGGUGCUGUGUGGGAGCCAGAACAUCGUGCUCAACGGCAAGACGAUCGUCAUGAACGACUGCAUCAUUCGGGGCGACCUGGCCAACGUCCGGGUGGGGCGGCACUGCGUGGUGAAAAGCCGGAGCGUCAUCCGGCCUCCCUUCAAGAAAUUCAGCAAGGGGGUUGCUUUCUUCCCUCUGCACAUCGGAGAUCACGUCUUCAUCGAGGAGGAUUGUGUGGUCAACGCAGCUCAGAUUGGCUCCUAUGUCCACAUAGGCAAGAACUGUGUCAUUGGUCGCCGGUGUGUCCUGAAGGACUGUUGCAGAAUCCUUGACAACACCGUAUUGCCCCCAGAAACAGUGGUCCCACCUUUUACCAUCUUCUCUGGCUGCCCAGGGCUCUUCUCGGGCGAGCUCCCAGAGUGCACACAGGAGUUGAUGGUCGAUGUCACCAAGAGCUACUACCAGAAAUUCCUGCCCCUCACCCAGAUCUGAGGGCAGGCUCAGGACUGGCACAGCCUGUGGGGGCCCUGCGGGCAGCCGGCUCCAGACCUGACCAGCAGGCCUGCCGAAAGCUUCCCGGUCAGGCAGCCUUCCUCUUUGGUGACUUCCUCCAUCCCAGAUUGACCAGGCCCAGGCCAGAAUCUCUCCUGCUGUUGGAGUAGCCCUGCUGGCUGGCCUUGAUUUGGCUCCCCGCAGACACGCUCCAUGAUGGCGUGACUCUAAAUCCACUUUGCUCCAUAGAGCAGGCGAGAGAAGUGCUCGGUGCUUUGUGGGGCGGGUGGGGGGUUGUGUAGAAUGUUGCGGCUCUUGCUUUCUCCGGUCCUUUCCGCUGUAUCGAAGCCUGCCCUACGUGGGUCUGGGCUCCCUUCUCACUGCCUUCGUUUUGUUUGGGGCCGCCUAAGAGCUUUCGUCAGAUGCUGCCAAACCGUCUCUUCAGACGCCAGUUGUGGAAGGGGCUUCUUCAGGCCAAGGAGCUCCAGCCCAGGCCCAGACCACUGCUUUGUGGGAUCUGAAUCCAGGCCUGACUCUUUCCUCCUCCUCCUUGUCUGGGGGGAAGGAGCUGUGAGACAGUGAGGUUUAAGGAUGACUUGAGGCUGGCAGGGCCAGGUCAUGCCCCUCUCCCAAGGGCAGCCGCUGGGCCUUCCUGUCGAUGGUCACUUGGGAGAAACUGGGCAAGGGGAAAGGACCGUGGGUACCAUGGGGGUGGGGGGUGGGGAGAGAAACUCCUGAACAAAGCUGCCCAGUAGGAGGGAAAGGGCAGAAGCCGCCAACGUGCAAAUGUUGGGUGCAAACAGUCUCCUGGGAAGCUGCUGCCCCUUCCUUGUCCUGCCCACUCCAAGCUCUUCCCAUGCUUUGCUUCAGUUUUUUUCCCCCUUCCAUAGGUAAAGCCAUUGAUCACCUGGUUUUACUGUGUUGUGUUCUCACAUUGCUACUUUCUGCACGUAGAUUCCAACUUCCAGGCUCUGCGUGUGGGUGUGCACGUGUUUGUGUCUGUGUUCUUGGUCUGGGAAGCUCCACUGUGUAUUAACCAGCCAGGGACUAUUUCAACGCAUUGUAGGAAUCCUGGCUAACUGUACAAUUGCUCUCUGCUUUGUCAGCAUUUACUUGUAUAUGUAAUAAAGCCUGAACUGCCCAAGCAUGA